GCCAAUGAUCGUCCCCGUCUGAGCAUCCUGCACAAUACAAUUAGUAGAGGUUAACAGCACAGUACAGUUUAAGUCCUUUGUUAGCUGACUGACCGACAAUAAUUUAUGAGACAAACUAGGAAUUAACAAGCAAUUUUUAAGAUGGAGAGAGGGAGAGAUAUUGACUGCUCCAGCAUUGGCAACCGGUACACAUGCCCCAUUAGCUGUCUGGAUGUGGGUUUUGUUAGUUGGAUGGGUGUAUAAAAGAUCAUUGGGGUCAAAUGUCAUCGUAUCGCUAGCCCCACAGUCAAAUAUCCAUUGAGAGUGUGUGUUAUGACUAAGAAGGCAUUUGGUAUGGCUGGGUUGUGGGCUAGAGGAGCAAAUGGGCCGGGGCUUGGAACUUGGGCCGAAAAAUAAAGGUUGGGAUGGGUGUGAGGUGAGUGUUAGGGUUUUCUGGUUAUAAAAGGGAGGUUGGGGGUCUUUGGGAUAAUUGGGCGUCCCUUUCCCUUCCCUUUUGCUGACGGUUGUUGCUCUUCUCUCUCCUCUUUCUUCCCACUUCUGAUUCUCACUAAUUUUGGCUCUAUGCUCUGAGGUUACCGUUGCUUCUCCUUCCCCUGUGCUCCAUCCUUCUAAUUCACCUGAUUUUUGACAUGAUGUCGGUGGAUCGGCAGUACUGAGGUUAGCCUUGCCGCCGGUCCGACUUGCCGGUGCCUUGGUGGCGGCUCUCCUUUUCUGUAGAUCGUCCCACCACUCGGGGUAUCCCACAAGUUUGAAGCACCCCUCCUUUGUAUGCCUGGAACCACCACAGUGAGUGCAUCGGAGUUUUCUCCUGUCAUCCUAUCGAAAGUCAUUGGAUUUGGCAUUCUCCUAUCGAUUUCUUUCCAUAGCGUGUUGAGUUUACCGUAGUAAACCUCAAUAGUGUCGUUGUUUUGCUUCAAUGUUGCUGCCUUUGAACUCAAAUCGAAGAUUUGCAAUUCGUCCUUACCACAUCCUAGGAGACUUUCGAUCCCUUGCCAUAGGUUGUGUGCUGUUGUAUAGUCUAGGAAUUGAUUUACAAUAUCUCCAUCUAUGUUCUCGAUUAUCCACGCUAUGACCAUGGCAUCUUGUUGUUCCCAUUGGGAAUAGUUGGGGUCUGAUGGUUGCGGGGGUCCGGCAGUGAUGUGACUGAGUUGCCCCCGACCUCCAAUUGCUACAUGCAUUAACUUGCACCAUUUUGUAUAAUUGUGGUAUGUUAGUUUUUCUGAAAUUUUGAGUGAUGUUGGAUUUUCGGUUUAAUUGGUUAUUUUGUUGAGUUUCUGAAACAUCUGAAACAUCUGUUCCAUCUGUUCCAAAGACAUUAGUGUUUGGUGGGUUUGUUCUUCUGAUGAAUCGGCCAUUUGUAGGUAAGAACCGGUAGAUGAUGAGUCCUUCCCGGAUCUAAACCCUAAGGCUCUGAUACCAUGAAGAAUUAAUAAUUUCUGGAAUUUCGUUUGAAAGAUACUGUUUUUUCUUCUUGUUUAUUACUUAGAAUCAUAUUCUAUAUAUACAUGAGCAUUUAUCAAUUAGUAACUAACACAAAGUAACUGCCUAGUAACUGCAAUAUAAAUGUAACUGCCUAGUAUAGUGUAACUGCAAUGUAAAUGUAACUGCAAUGUAUAUAAUGUAACUGCACUUCAAUAAAACUGAGUCAAACUCGAUCGAUAACAAAUCGUACUGCUUUAAAUUGUUUUCAUGUUAGCAUUUUGAGCUCCAUGUUAGCAUUAUAAAUUAUUCGUCAUCAUUUUUAGCCAGGACUUAUUACAAAACAAAAUUAUCAUAUUUAUAUAUUUUGAAACUAAUUUAUUGAUAAGGAAAAAAAUUAAAAGCCAACAACCCGUUCAAUAUACCAAAAUUCGCCUCACACAACAUGAUCCAAAACAGAACUAAUUCGAACUAAAAUUAAUCCAACUCAAAUCUAAUUCGAAAAUAAUCCAACUCAAAACUCGCUCGAUCUACCGUUUUGACGGAUCUAGUCUCAUACAAACUUGUUGAAUAAGAUAGAAUAUUUGAACUCUUCAAAAAAUCCAAAAUUCCAAAUAACCCAACAAGGAAAAGGAACAACAAAACCCAGAUCCGACUAGCCACAACCGUAUCCUUCAAUUCCCGCCAAAAUGCUAUAAUACUCAAAAGCACUUUUCUUUCCACUCCAAUAAACUGCAAUUUUCCAUAAGAAACCCCAAAAUCCCCAAAAUCUAGGGUUUUCCAAUCAUCGAAAACAUAGGAAGCUCCUUCUCAUUAGUGGAAGAAUCGACGUUGUAUAAAUGGCAGAUGCCGAUAAUCCGGUAACGUUUUCUCAUCGAUCAAUCACCGCUGGCACAAUUCGCCGGAUAAAAUUGGAGAAUUUCAUGUGUCACAGUCAUUUAGCUAUCGAAUUCGGUGAUUAUAUCAAUUUUAUCACCGGCCAAAAUGGGAGUGGAAAAAGUGCGAUUUUGACUGCACUAUGUGUUGCAUUUGGUUCUAGAGCAAAGGCUACUAAUCGUGCUGCAACUCUAAAAGAUUUUAUUAAGACUGGCUGCAGUUACGCUUCCGUGCAAGUGGUAUUAAAGAAUGAGGGAGUAGAUGCUUUCAAACUAGAAUCUUAUGGUGAAAGCAUAAUUAUUGAGCGUCGGAUUACUGAAUCGUCAAGUACUCUUACGCUAAAGGAUCAACAAGGAAGAAAGGUAUCCAACAAGAAAGAUGAGCUCCAAGAACUUGUGGAGCAUUUUAACAUUGAUGUUGAAAACCCAUGUGUAAUUAUGAGUCAAGACAAAAGUAGGGAAUUUCUACAGUCUGGAAAUGCCAAAGACAAGUUUAAGUUCUUUUUCAAGGCAACUCUGCUCCAGCAAGUGAAUGAUCUAUUACUUGGAAUCGAACAAGUUUUGGAAACUGCUAAUGAGUUAGUCCAAGAAUUGGAAAGAUCAAUUGAACCUGUUAUCAGGGAACUUAAUGAUUUGCAAGAGAAGAUUAAAAACACGGAGCAUGUAGAAGAAUUAUCAGAAAAGGUUAAAGAGAUGAAGCUUAAACUUGCUUGGUCAUGGGUUUAUGACGUAGAUAAAGAGAUACUGAAGCAAAGCAGAGAGGUUGACAGGCGGAAAUUGCGACGUUCUCGAUGCCAAGCAGAAAUAGAUCAAAGACUUGAGGCAAUUGGAAUCUUGAAAAAAACUCAUUCUGAGAUGAAAAGUCGUUAUGAGGACAUGAUUAAAAAGAAGUCCGAAGGGGACAACUGGAAGGUUGAUUUGCAGGAGAAAUAUACUAUAGCAACAAGGACUAUGAGAGAAAUAGAGCAAGAACAUCAUCAGAGAAAGAGUUAUAUCCAGAAGUUGAUGAAUCAUUUGAGGUCCCUUGAACAACAAGUUCAUGAUAUCGAGGAACAAAAUUUGCAGAACACUCAGGCUGAAGAAUCUGAGAUGCAGGAGAAGCUGAAAACACUUCAGGAUGAAGUUAAUUCUGUUGAUGCCCUGUUGACAAGCUUGAAGGAUGAAGAGAACGCCUUGAUAGAAAGCAUGUAUUCAAGAAGAGAUGAAAUAAGAAAGAUAGGUGAUGAGCUUGACGAAUAUGAAAGAAAGUGGCGUGAUCUUAACUCUCGUGUUCGUGAACUUAAGCGCAAUCAAACAAACAAGGUUACUGCUUUUGGUGGAGAAAAAGUCAUUCAGCUUUUGCGUAUAAUUGAAUCACGCCAUCAUGAAUUUCAAAGACCUCCCAUUGGUCCUAUAGGUUCCCAUGUGACUCUGACUCAAGGAAAUGUAUGGGCUUUUGCUGUUGAAAAUGCUAUUGGGAAGAUUCUAAAUGCUUUCAUCGUGACAAAUGUCAAAGAUUCACAUUUACUGAGGGCUUGUGCCCGUCAAGUGCAUUAUGAUCACCUUCAUAUCGUCAUAUACAAUUUUUCAAUACCCAGGUACAACAUUCCGCUUAACCAACUUCCGCAAACACGGCACCCUACUACCCUUUCUGUUUUACACUCAGAUAACGCUACAGUUAUAAACGUAUUGGUGGAUAAGGGUAAUGCAGAGCGGCAAGUCCUUGUGAAGGACUAUGAGACAGCUAAAACUGUUGCUUUUGAGGACAGAGUUUCAAACUUGAAAGAGGUGUACACUGCUGAAGGCUAUAGAAUGUUUUCUCGUGGAUCAGUUCAAACUGUCCUUCCUCCCAAUAGAAACGCUAGAACUGGACGGCUUUGUAAUUCGUAUGAUGACCAAAUCAAGGAUCUUGAAAGAGAUGCAGCAUACAUGCAAGAACAAUCUCAAAAAACUCGCCAAAAAAAAAGAGCUGCAGAGGAAGAGGUACAAGAUCUGCAAGAUAAGCUACAAAAUGUCAAGAGGAGAUGCCAAACUGCGGAGCGGGAACUGUCAUCCAAGAAGUUUGCCAUUGAUGAUUUGAAGCGUGCAUGGGCAGCUGAAGCUGGUGGUCUUAAUGCUUCUUCCGUGGAUGAGCUACGUGAAGAUAUGUUGAGAACCCAAGCUGAAAUACAAGAAAAGGAAAUCAUGCUGAACGAACUGCAUGUGCAGUUGAAUGAAAGUCGAGAAAAAGUUAGCAAAUUGAAAGCAGAUCUAAAGAAUUUGCAUGAAUCUGUAAAUGAGGACAUUCAUGCUCUCGAUGAAGCUGAAAAAGAGUUUGAAGCUAUUGCAGCAAAGUUAGAUGCUGUAGAGGGGGAGCAAACAUAUUAUCAGGAGUAUCUAAAUCAGAAUAUUUUACCUGCCAUUGAAGAGGCAGAAGCAAAACUUCAGCAGCUUGAACAGAAGCGCAAAGAUAGUUAUGAAAAAGCAUCUUACAUGUGCCCUGAGAAUGAGAUUGAAGCUAUAGGAGGCUGUAAAGAGAACACCCCAGAGCAGCUUAGUGCUCAGCUGACCCGAAUGAUUCAAAGGCUCGAGCAUGCUAGGGACAAAUAUACAGAAUCCGUUGAUGACCUACGUACACUAUAUGAGAAGAAGCAUCGUAAAAUUCAGACAAAGCAAAGGACGUACGAAAACUUUCGAAAGCAGCUACAGGAUGCCCAAAGAGCUUUAAAAUCACGAAAAGAUAAAUUUGAUCGGAAUGCUUCUCUACUGAGGCGCUCAUUGACAUGGAACUUUAAUGGAAAUCUGGCUAAAAAAGGAAUUAGUGGCAAGAUAGUUGUGAACUAUGAACAGAAGACCCUCAGCAUUGAGGUUAAGAUGCCACAGGAUGCUUCAACCACUGCCGUUCAAGAUACUAGAGGACUUUCAGGAGGUGAACGUUCUUUCUCAACAUUGUGCUUCGCAUUAGCUCUCCAUCAGAUGACGGAAGCCCCUUUCCGAGCGAUGGAUGAAUUUGAUGUAUUUAUGGAUGCUGUCAGCCGUAAAAUUAGUUUGGACACCUUGGUUGAUUUUGCAUUAUCACAUGGAUCACAGUGGGUAUUCAUCACUCCUCACGAUAUCAGUAUGGUGAAACAAGAUGAGAGAGUUAAAAAGCAACAGAUGGCUGCGCCUCGCUCCUAAUCUCGCUCAGCCUAUAUGCUACACAUUUCUUGAACGUUUUGCAAGUCCCUGAGUUUCUUCCUAAUCAACUCAUGACUACAUAUGAUAUUUAUGAACAAAUUUAUGUAAUCUAUAGUUGUGAAUAGUCUACUUUGCAUUCAUCUUAAACUUUCUUACACAAUCCUAUUUCGGAUUCCAUGGGGCUUGACGUACCAAAUUUGUAAUUAUUUCUUAUUUAUCAUUUUCAACCAAGGUUGCAGAGUUUGUGUUGAAAAACUGGAUUUACAUUUUUAACACAGUAUAUUGGUUUUUACUCACGUAAGACAU